AGCACCUGCUGCCCCGGACCCCCCCGCCCCCGGCCGCCCUGAUGGAGGCCGAGCUGCUGCAGUCGCCUCUGCUGGGGCUCGGGGAGGAGGACGAGGCCGACCUGAGCGACUGGAACCUGCCCUUGGCCUUCAUGAAGAAGCGGCACUGCGAGAAGAUCGAGGGCUCCAAGUCCUUGGCCCAGAGCUGGAGGAUGAAGGACCGGAUGAAGACGGUCAGCGUCGCCCUGGUGCUGUGCCUGAACGUUGGGGUGGACCCUCCGGAUGUGGUGAAGACCACGCCCUGCGCGCGCUUGGAGUGCUGGAUCGAUCCUUUGUCGAUGGGUCCCCAGAAAGCCCUGGAAACCAUCGGUGCCAACCUGCAGAAGCAGUACGAGAACUGGCAGCCCAGGGCGCGGUACAAGCAGAGCCUCGACCCCACCGUGGACGAGGUGAAGAAGCUGUGCACGUCGCUGCGCCGGAACGCCAAGGAGGAGCGGGUCCUCUUCCACUACAACGGCCACGGGGUGCCCCGGCCCACGGUGAACGGGGAGAUCUGGGUCUUCAACAAGAACUACACGCAGUACAUCCCGCUGUCGAUCUACGACUUGCAGACGUGGAUGGGCAGCCCAUCGAUCUUCGUCUAUGACUGCUCCAACGCCGGCCUCAUCGUCAAGUCCUUCCGCCAGUUCGCCCUGCAGCGGGAGCAGGAGCUGGAAGUCGCGGCCAUCAACCCCAACCACCCUCUGGCCCAGAUGCCCUUGCCCCCGUCCAUGAAGAACUGCAUCCAGCUGGCCGCCUGCGAGGCCAGCGAGCUCCUGCCCAUGAUCCCUGACCUCCCGGCCGACCUGUUCACCUCCUGCCUCACCACCCCCAUCAAAAUCGCCCUGCGCUGGUUCUGCAUGCAGAAGUGCGUCAGCCUGGUGCCCGGAGUCACGCUGGACCUGAUCGAGAAGAUCCCCGGCCGGCUCAACGACAGGAGGACGCCGCUGGGCGAGCUGAACUGGAUCUUCACGGCCAUCACAGACACCAUCGCGUGGAACGUGCUCCCUCGGGACCUCUUCCAGAAGCUGUUCCGGCAGGACCUGCUGGUGGCCAGCCUGUUCCGCAACUUCCUGCUGGCGGAGAGGAUCAUGCGCUCCUACAACUGCACCCCGGUCAGCAGCCCGCGCCUGCCCCCCACCUACAUGCACGCCAUGUGGCAAGCCUGGGACCUCGCCGUGGACAUCUGCCUCUCCCAGCUGCCCACCAUCAUCGAGGAGGGCACUGCGUUCCGGCACAGUCCCUUCUUCGCUGAGCAGCUGACCGCCUUCCAGGUGUGGCUGACGAUGGGCGUGGAGAACAGGAGCCCCCCCGAGCAGCUCCCCAUAGUUCUGCAGGUGCUGCUGAGCCAGGUGCAUCGGCUGAGAGCCCUGGACCUGCUGGGCCGAUUCCUGGACCUGGGCCCCUGGGCGGUGAGCCUGGUGCGUUUCUGCUGCGGGUACAGUCAGAAGGGACGUCCCUGUGUGGUCGAGGGUGACGUGGACGUGGCCGGUGGCCCAACGCGGUCUCCCCUCCCCCCAGAGAGUGGGAGCCUGACCCCCGUGCGCGACAGCCCCUGCGCCCCCCGGCUACGCUCGGUGAGCUCCUACGGCAACAUCCGCGCUGUCACCACCGCCCGGAGCCUGAACAAGUCCUUGCAGAACCUGAGCCUCACGGAGGAAUCGGGUCUCCGCCGUGGCCCUCCCGCAGGCGUCUCCUUCAACAGCGUCUACACGCAGAUAUGGCGUGUGCUGCUGCACCUGGCGGCCGACCCCUACCCCGACGUGUCGGACCUGGCCAUGAAGGUGCUCAACAGCAUCGCCUACAAGGUGCGUGUGCUGCCCGCACCCCAGGCCUGUCCUGGCUCAGACACGUCUCCGUCCCCCGACACACCCCCGCCGCACUCACUGAGGGAGGAGCGCCGGCCUGCCUCCCACUGGCUCCUGUGGGUGACGCCGGGUUUCUUCUCCCCCGGCAGGGGCUCCCCGCCAACGUCCAGCGCCAGCAGCUCCAGCCCCACCAACGAUGUGACCAAGCAACGGCGGGUGUUGCGCUUGCAGAUCCCGGAGGAGCACGACCUGGAGAGUCAGACCCGCAAGGAGCGGGAGUGGCGGUUUCUGCGCAACAGCCGCGUGCGGAGGCAGGCGCAGCAGCUCAUCCAGAGGGGCAUCACGCGGCUAGACGACCAGAUCUUCCUGAACAGGAACCCCGGCGUCCCCUCCGUGGUCAAGUUCCACCCCUUCACGCCCUGCGUGGCUGUCGCGGACAAGGACAGCAUCUGCUUCUGGGACUGGGAGAAAGGGGAGAAGCUGGACUACUUCCACAACGGGAACCCCCGGUACACGCGGGUCACCGCCAUGGAGUACCUCAACGGCCAGGACUGCUCGCUGCUGCUCACGGCCACAGAUGACGGCGCCAUCAGAGUCUGGAAGAAUUUUGCUGAUUUGGAAAAGAAUCCAGAGAUGGUGACGGCGUGGCAGGGGCUCUCGGACAUGCUGCCGACAAACCGAGGUGCUGGGAUGGUGGUGGACUGGGAGCAGGAGACCGGCCUCCUUGUGAGCUCGGGGGAUGUGCGGAUCGUGCGGAUCUGGGACACGGACCGUGAGAUGAAAGUGCAGGACAUCCCCACGGGCGCUGACAGCUGUGUGACCAGCCUGUCCUGCGACUCCCAGCGGUCCCUCAUCGUGGCCGGCCUAGGGGACGGCUCCGUCCGCGUCUACGACCGGAGGAUGGCCCUCAGCGAAUGCCGCGUCAUGACGUUCCGGGAGCACACGGCCUGGGUGGUGAAGGCCUGCCUGCAGAAGCGCCCCGAGGGCCACAUCGUGAGCGUCAGGUCCCCCCUCUGCCCCUGCAGCGGCUCCGUGAACCAGUUCACCGCCGUCUACAGCGGGACCGGGGAGCUCAUCAACAGCAUCAAGUACUACGACGGCUUCAUGGGUCAGCGCGUCGGUGCCAUCAGCUGCUUGGCCUUCCACCCACACUGGGUCUGUCCCCACGCCCGGCGGGGCAGGGACCGGGGCCCCUCAGGGCCAGCAGGGAGACCGCCGGAUCCAGGGCCAUGGCCACCCCACCACCCUACCCCUGAGGCAGCACCCCUGUCCUCGGGGAAGGCCCAGCUGCAGUAACCCUCCCGUCACCUCUGACCUGCACUAAUGUCACCCCUGGAGGAAUUGCCCCUGAGGAGUCUUCUGGGCAACCACAUGCAUGCACGCACACACAUGCACGCACACACACAUGCACACACACGCACGUGACCCGUGCCUGUCCUGUGUACAGGCAUCCACAGUCACAGGCUAGCAUGCGGCUCUGCCGAAAGACACGCCAUUGGAUGCCCAGAGCAUCCCUGGGGCAACCCCGAGAGGUUCAGGGACCAGGCAGCUUGGGGGUUCC